AUGGCUCAGCUUGGAUCCCUCCCUGCUGAUAUCGAGUCACUGAGCCAAGUCUUGAGCCUGAUGGAGGCGUUUAGAGCCUUCGAUUCAGACAAUGAUGGCUUUAUUACAGUUGCUGAGCUUGGCGGCAUCUUGGGGUCACUUGGAUACAACGCAAGUGAACAAGAUGUGAGCGCAAUGAUGCAGCAAGGAGACACUAAUAAGGAUGGUUUGCUAAGCAUGCAAGAGUUCUUGGAGAUGAACACCAAGGAUAUGGAACUCGGUACCGGACUUGCAAACUUGCUCAAAACUGCCUUUGAAGCCCUUGACGUUGAUGGUAAUAAUAUCGUUACUGGAGCUGAAUUAUAUGAGGGUAUGCUGAAUGGUGGGUUAGAUUUGUCCUUGGAGGUUUGCCAAAGCAUUAUUGCUUCCAUGGAUGCAGAUGGGGAUGGAGCUGUUAGCUAUGACGACUUCAAGCAAAUUAUUAAUUCCCUUCUCUAG